AUGUCGUCCGCCAUCGCUCGCAUUUUCCGGACUUCUGGAGCUCUGCGUGCUGCCAACCAAAAUCCGCUACAGGCAGCGCUGCGACCAUGCGCCCAGAAGCAGUUCUUGUCCGCAGCUGCGCGCUCAUACGCGACGGCUUUCACUCGCGAUAAACCACAUGUCAACAUUGGUACAAUUGGUCACGUCGAUCACGGAAAGACUACCCUCACAGCAGCAAUCACCAAGCGACAGGCAGAAAAGGGCUUUGCAAGCUUCCUCGAGUAUGGCGCUAUUGACAAGGCUCCCGAGGAGCGAAAGCGUGGAAUCACCAUUUCAACCGCCCACAUCGAGUACCAAACCGACAACCGCCACUACGCCCACGUCGAUUGCCCUGGUCACGCCGAUUACAUCAAGAACAUGAUUACCGGAGCCGCCUCUAUGGACGGUGCUAUCAUCGUGGUCGCCGCCUCAGAUGGACAGAUGCCACAGACUCGUGAGCACUUGCUGCUCGCGCGUCAAGUCGGUGUUCAGCGCAUAGUAGUGUUUGUGAACAAAGUCGAUGCCAUCGAGGACAAGGAGAUGUUGGAGCUCGUCGAGAUGGAGAUGCGUGAGCUGCUCUCCUCGUACGGCUUCGAGGGUGAUGAGACUCCCAUUAUUAUGGGAUCUGCCCUCUGCGCUUUGGACGGUCGUCGGCCGGAGAUUGGCGUUACACRAAUCGACAACCUUCUCGAGGCAGUCGACACGUGGAUCCCUACUCCAGAGCGUGAUACCGAGAAGCCCUUCUUGAUGUCUGUCGAGGAUGUCUUCUCUAUCCCCGGUCGUGGAACUGUUGCUUCUGGCCGUGUGGAGCGUGGUGUGUUGAAGAAGGAUUCUGAAGUCGAGCUGGUCGGCAAGAACGCCGCUCCCAUCAAGACCAAGGUCACCGACAUCGAGACCUUCAAGAAGUCUUGUGACGAGUCCCGCGCAGGUGACAACUCGGGUCUGCUUCUCCGUGGUAUCAAGCGUGAGGACGUUCAGCGUGGUAUGAUUAUCGCCCGUCCGGGUACCACCAAGGCCCACUCCAAGUUCCUGACCUCGCUUUACGUCCUUACCAAGGAGGAGGGCGGACGUCACACUGGUUUCCAUAACAACUACAAGCCUCAGCUGUUCGUGCGAACGGCUGAUGAGGCAGCGACACUUUGCUGGCCAGAGGGCAGCGAGCAACUCGCUGAGAACAAGAUGAUCAUGCCAGGAGACAACGUGGAGAUGGUUUGCAACAUUCACAAGCCGCUUGCCAUUGAGCAGGGUCAGCGAUUCAAUGUUCGUGAAGGUGGCAGGACCGUUGCUACUGGACUMAUCACUCGUCUGUUGGAUUAG